AUGGCUGGGCAGUGGGGGGUAGAUAGUGAGAUUCAUGUCCUGUGGGCAGGGGUGCCAGGAGAGGAUGACAAGGUUGGACUGAUCAUGCCCUGCUUGGAUGCUGUGGCCUUAGUUCUGCUCAUCCUGCUGGUUCCAGACCUACCCAGAGGAGCAGCUGAGAAACAGGAAGACAUGGCUGUGGGGGCUCCGAGGAGCAGCUGGUGUGAGGACGUCAGAUACUUGGGGAGAAACUGGAGUUUCGUGUUUUCAACCCUUGGAGUGACAGCCAUUGCUUCUGUGACUGGAGCGCUGGGCUUCUGGGCACCCAAGUUUUUGUUCGAAGCUCGAGUGGUCCACGGCCUACAGCUUCCCUGCUUCCAGGAGCAGUGUGGCAGCCAGGACAGCCUGAUUUUUGGGGCACUGACUGUCGCAACUGGCAUUAUUGGUGUCAUCCUGGGGGCAGAAGCCUCAAGAAGGUACAAGAAGGUGAACCCCAGGGCCGAACCCCUCAUCUGUGCCUCUAGUCUGUUUGCCACAGCCCCCUGCCUCUACCUGGCACUCAUCUUGGCCUCAAGGACCCUCCUGGCUUCCUAUGUGUUCCUGGCCCUCGGGGAGCUCCUUCUGUCUUGCAACUGGGCAGUGGUUGCUGACAUCCUGUUGUCGGUAGUGGUGCCUAGGUGCCGGGGCACAGCAGAGGCGCUCCAGAUCACCGUGGCCCACAUCCUGGGAGAUGCUGGCAGCCCCUACCUCACUGGACUUAUCUCCAGUGUCCUGCAGGCUGGGCGCCCAAACUCCUACCUGCAACGCUUCCUCAGCCUGCAACACAGCUUCCUGUGCUGUACCUUCAUCAUUGUGCUGGGUGGUGGCUGCUUCCUACUGACUGCACUGCACCUGGAAAGAGACCAGGCCCGAGCCAGGCAGUCUGGCAAAGGAAUUCUGGACAGCAAGGACAUAGCCAGCAGGAACACCGAGAGCCAAGGCCUGCUCUCCGGCACCAGCACCCUAGCAGAGGAGCCCUGAGCCCAUCUUGCAGUGAGCAGGCUCCAUCCUACCCACGUCCUCCUGGUGGCCCCACCCAUCUUGGCUAUGACUCAGGGACUCCAGCUAAGCUACACUUGCCACUUGCCCAGUCCCUGCUAGGGAGCUGCCAGGGCCCAGGAGCUGGCUAGAUUGACUUGUCACCACCCUCCAGGGAGGCUGGGCCCUGUGUCUGCACCCAGCAGGGAGG